CGGAUAAGGAGCGGCGACGAGAAAAUUACCGGGUCCGCAAAGAAAUUCGUCGAGCGUAUAAGGAGCAUCAAAAACAGCGAGGGCAACUUGUGCAUUGUGGCCGAUCUUGUGAGGCCAAAAGCAAACAGGUGGAGUUGGCUUAUAAUCGCCUGGCUUCUCAAGUGGAUCGUGAACUUUACGGGGUUUUGCUGGACGCGAAGGACACAAAGUCAAAACGGUCUUUAGAUGCCGCAGAUUUAAAACAGGCUUAUGAAGCAAAGAAGAAGAAAGUGGAGGAGAAUGAAAAGGAAGAAGAAGAUCGAGAGAUGGCGCUGGAGGAACUGAAGGAUGCGUAUGAUAUUCUUGUGAAUCCAGAGGCCAGGAACUAUUAUCUUCUGUAUGGUAUGAAGCCGCCGGAGCAUAUGCGUCACAUGAGUGCUAGAAGUGGUGGUUGGGGGCAGGAAAUUUCACUGGGCGUGUACAAGAACCGUGUUAUACUGGCUUGGCUGGAUUUUCUUCAUGACUACAUUGGGCUUUGGGGGGAAACGAUGGUUAUACUUGCUGCUUUGGCAUUCGUGCUUUCACGUGUUCCAACGGCUUUGAGACAGUCCCAACGUCUGCUGGAUGAUAUGGAUUGGGAGGCUUCUGUGGCCGAAAUAGAACGAAGUGGACGUAAAAGGGACGAAACGACGGAAUAG